CGAAAGCGGAUUAUUUUUAAACCAUCGGCACGAUGAUUUUCACUUCUGAGCCCUAAUCUCGCCAUAAACGAUAAAAUGAUUAAAAAGUACACAAACGUAGCGGUGGGAGUCGAUCAUAGGUUACAAACUUGGACUUUCACCUAGUUAUUGUAUCGUUAAUAAACCAAACAAAAUCCGCAUUACACACCACUUUUUACUCGUAACCGAACGCGAAAAAAUGGCCCUAAACCUGUUCAUCAAGCGAAGCCUUUCAACUUCAAGCCCCAUGAACGCAGUUAUAAAAAACGUAACUGUGAUCGGGGGCGGCCUCAUGGGCUCAGGCAUCGCCCAAGUGGCCGCGCAAACCGGCCACAACGUGACCAUCGUGGAAGUCAACCCCGACUUGAUCAAAAAAGCCGAAGACAGCAUUGCGAAAAACUUGGUACGAGUCGCCAAAAAACUCCACAAGGAUGACCCGCAAGCCGCUAAUAAAUUCGUGAGCGAAUCGCAGGCCCGGAUUAAGGGGUGCACCGACAUUGCCGAAGCUGUGAAAGACAGCGAUUUGGUCGUGGAGGCGAUUGUUGAAAACAUGGAUGUUAAGCACAAAUUGUUCAAAAAUUUGGAUGAGGUCGCGCCCCCCAAAACCAUGUUUGCGUCAAAUACGAGCUCGCUCUCGAUUACCGAAAUUGCCUCCGUUACGAAGAGGAAGGAUAGGUUCGGGGGGCUGCAUUUUUUCAAUCCCGUGCCCGUUAUGAAGCUUUUGGAGGUUGUUAGGACUCCGGAGACGUCGCAGGAGACGUACGAGGCCUUUAUGGCGUGGGGCAAAGCCGUGGGCAAGACCUGCGUCACCUGCAAGGACACCCCCGGGUUUAUUGUUAACAGGCUUCUGGUGCCCUAUAUAGCAGAAGCCAUCAGGAUGAUGGAGAGAGGUGAUGCUUCGCCCCGCGAUAUCGACACCGCCAUGAAGCUGGGGGCUGGCUACCCCAUGGGCCCCAUCGAACUGGCCGACUACGUGGGACAUGACACCUCGCACGCCAUCAUGCAAGGCUGGCACAAGAAAUUCCCUGAUAACCCCCUUUUCAAACCGAACGAAUCCGUACAAAAACUAAUCGAUGAGAAAAAACUGGGCGUGAAAACCGGCGAAGGCUUCUACAAAUACACCAAAUAAAUAUCUAUAUGUAUUUUAAUCAAAUAAACAAUUUUUUAAUUGA